AUGACCCGCUUCUACGAGAACAAGUACCCCGAGGUGGACCAGCUCGUCAUGGUCCAGGUCCAGUCCAUCGAGGACAUGGGUGCCUACGUCAAGCUCCUUGAGUACGACGGUGUCGAGGGCAUGAUCCUGCUUUCCGAGCUUUCGCGCAGGCGAAUCCGUUCCGUGCAAAAGCUCAUUCGUGUCGGUCGUAACGAGGUCGUCGUCGUGAUGCGUGUGGACCCCGAGAAGGGCUACAUUGACCUGUCAAAGCGUAGGGUGUCCGCCGAGGAGGUCGUCAAGUGCGAGGAGCAGUACGAGAAGGGCCGCGCCGUCGACUCGAUCCUCACCCAGGUGGCCAAGCGCCGCAACGUCUCCACCGAGUCGCUGUACGAGCAGAUUGCCUGGCCCCUUCACAGCAAGUACGGCCACUCGUACGAGGCCUUCAAGCUCUCGAUCCAGGAGCCCGAGGCCGUCUUUGGCUCCCUCGGCAUUGACGCCGACACCCUCGUCGAGCUCAAGCACACCAUUGCCCGUCGUCUUACCCCCAAGCCCGUCAAGGUCCGUGCCGACAUUGAGGUCAAGUGCUUCGACUACCAGGGUAUCGAGGCCAUCCGCCGUGCCCUCAAGGCCGGUGAGGCUCUGUCGACGGAGGAGGUCCCCAUCAAGGUCCGCCUCGUCGCUCCCCCCCUCUACGUCAUGUCGACCACCUCAACUGAUAAGACUGCCGCCAUUGACACCAUGGAGAAGGCCGUCGCCGCCAUCACCGCCUCGAUUGAGAAGGAGAAGGGUGACGUCGUCGUCAAGAUGGCCCCCAAGGUUGUCUCGGAGACCGACGACGCCGAGCUCAAGGCUCUCAUGGAGCAGUUCGAGCAGGCCAACAUGGACGUUGCGGGCGACGACGACUCGGAGGAGGAGGACUAG